CACGCCACACCACACCGUACACGAAGACGCCGGAGGAUUCGCCUCCGUCAACCUUCACAUCAACACCAAACGAGCCUUAGGGAAAAGCUUCCAGUGUUAAAACAACAACCUCACCAACGAACUUUCACUGAGACCCAUCAUCACAAUGGCUGACAGAGCCGGUAUUGACCGCAAGGCCGAUGAGAAGAUUCAGUUCUCAACCUCGAAAGAGGUUACGGUACAUCCGACCUUCGAGUCGAUGUCACUGAAGGAGAGUCUCCUUCGUGGUAUCUACGCCUAUGGCUACGAGUCGCCAUCUGCCGUUCAGUCGCGAGCGAUCGUCCAGAUCUGCAAAGGCCGCGACACCAUUGCCCAAGCGCAGUCCGGAACGGGCAAGACAGCUACCUUCUCAAUCAGCAUGCUUCAGGUUAUAGAUACGGCCGUACGAGAAACACAGGCGCUCGUCCUCUCGCCCACCCGCGAACUUGCGACACAAAUCCAGAGCGUGGUUAUGGCGCUAGGCGACUACAUGAACGUGCAAUGCCAUGCUUGCAUCGGUGGUACGAACGUAGGAGAGGACAUCCGGAAACUCGACUACGGCCAGCACAUUGUUUCUGGCACUCCCGGUCGUGUUGCCGACAUGAUCCGCCGCCGCCAUCUGCGCACACGCCACAUCAAGAUGCUCGUCCUCGACGAGGCCGAUGAGUUGCUGAACCAAGGCUUCCGCGAGCAAAUCUACGAUGUGUACCGCUACCUACCACCCGCGACUCAGGUUGUUGUGGUAUCGGCCACGCUACCGUACGACGUUCUUGAUAUGACCACGAAGUUCAUGACGGACCCCGUCCGCAUCCUCGUCAAGCGUGAUGAGUUGACCCUCGAAGGGUUGAAGCAGUACUUCAUCGCGGUGGAGAAGGAGGAUUGGAAGUUCGAUACUCUGUGUGAUCUAUAUGAUACCCUUACCAUCACGCAGGCGGUCAUUUUCUGUAACACGCGGCGGAAGGUAGACUGGCUCACAGAGAAGAUGAGAGAGGCCAACUUCACAGUCAGCAGCAUGCAUGGCGACAUGCCACAGAAAGAGCGCGACAGCAUCAUGCAGGAUUUCAGACAAGGAAACAGCAGAGUCCUCAUCUCCACCGACGUCUGGGCUCGUGGUAUUGAUGUGCAACAAGUCAGCUUGGUCAUCAACUACGACCUGCCCAGUAACCGUGAAAAUUACAUCCACCGGAUUGGUCGGUCCGGUAGAUUCGGUCGCAAAGGUGUCGCCAUCAACUUCGUUACUAGUGAGGAUGUGCGCAUUCUGCGGGAUAUUGAGCUGUACUACUCGACGCAGAUUGACGAAAUGCCCAUGAACGUUGCCGAUCUCAUUUCAUAAGAGAUGCCGCAGAUUAAUU